AUGGCUGAAGGGCCGUUGGACUUCUGGAUUAACUGGGGGAGCCAGAUCGGGGUUCUCUUGAGCCUCGCCUUCCAGGUCAUCCUCCAUCUCUUCGCCAAUGUACGUCGGCGUAGUAGCUCAGCUAUGCUGAGGGUUCCCCUCUGGCUGGCGUACCAGCUGUCGGACAUGACCGCGAUAUAUGCUGCCGGCCAGCUCCUAUACAGCAGCAACACACCGCAAGACCACCAGCUCAUUGCCUUGUGGGCGCCAUUCCUCCUGCUGCACCUUGGUGGCCCGGACAACAUCACCGCCUAUGCCCUCGAGGAUAGCAAGCUUUGGAAGCGUCACUUGCUGAUCCUUGCGGUGCAGGUUGCGGGAGCCGGAUAUGUCCUCUAUAAGUACAUCGCCGGCAGCGGGAUCUUGCUCACACUGGCUGCCAUCUUGAUACUCGUUAUUGGUGUUGCAAAGUAUGGGGAGAGGACAUGGGCACUCCGGGCGGCCAACUUCAGCAUUCUUCAGAGCUCAAUCAAGGCAACAAAAGAAAAAAGCAAAACAAAGAGCUCUCUGAUGACAAGCAAAGAAGAAACCAAAUCAAAGAGCUCUCUCAAGGUACCAAGACGUGACCAAUAUUUUUAUCAAGAAUGGUACAACGACUUGCCAGACGAGCUCAUCCUACAGCGUGCUCAUUCUCUAUUUCAUAUUUGCAAGCGUGGGAUAGUUGAUUCAGUGGUCGAGAUAGAUGUCGCAGGUACCCCGAGUAAGGUAACAAUCCAGGAACUUAAGAAUGACCAUGAGAAAAUGUGGAGGGUGAUGGAGAUGGAACUCUCCCUCAUGUAUGAUAUUCUGUACACCAAGGCAAACGUGAUCCACUCUUGGUUUGGCUACUGCAUCCGUACCAUCUCGCCGCUCACUGUCAUUGCCUCACUCAUGUUGUUCAGGUUGAGCAACAAAGAUGGUUACAGCCGAGUUGACAUUGCCAUCACGUACACCUUGUUGGGUGGUGCCUUGGUCCUAGAGACGAAAUCGCUCCUCGGUGCACUAGGGUCGAGCUGGGCGCUUGGCUUCUUGUGCGCCACACGAUUGGAUUGGCUCCGGCAUUCAUCUCUGUGCACCGGAAGAUGGUAUCGGUUACGGCGCACACUUCUUUCUCUUCGCAGGUCCUGGCCUGGCAAGAUGAUUAUGACAGGAGGCUCAAGGAGGUGGUCAGGCAUCAUAGGUCAGCAUAACAUGUUGCGGUUUUGUGCUGGACAGGUGGAUCCUAUGAGUCGCCGACUCGAAAAUCUGUUCAUGGUGCUUGGACUCGGUGAGUGGUGGGAUAGGAGGUACUACUCGUGCACUGUCGUUGUCCCGAAGAAUGUCAUGAAGUGUGCACAGAAGGUGGGCAGGUGGUCACAAGAUGAUAUAAACACAAUGGGCGUGCUCAGGCAUAAAUGGGGUGAAGCAGCACUGGAUAACAGAGUGUACCAUGAGCUGUACAAGGAAUUGGAAAAGUAUCACGGAGUUGAAUUCCAUGAGAGCAUCAUCUGCUGGCACAUUGCCACCGAUUUGAUCCUCGCAAGGGUGGAAAAGGAAAAGGGACAUUUUGCAGCUGAUAGCAGUGCGCAGAUAGUCAGGGCACUGUCCAACUACAUGAUGUUCCUCCUCGUGAACAGCCCCUACAUGCUACCAGGCCUUCCUCAAAAUUGUCUGUACAAGCAAACCUGCAACAAUCUGGACAAGAUAUGCGAUGACUAUAAUCUUGUCGGCUCUCUGGGCGACAACUUGUGGACUGUGCUCAAGAAAUUGCUCGGAUUGCAUCAUCACAGGGUAUUGGAAUCUUCUGGGCUUGAGAAGAAGCUCGCUGACGUCAUACUGGAGUUACCGAAGGGACAUGCAGGCUCUGGCUCUGAAACUCCUCGACUCUUGUAUGCACGCCGUAUUGCUGUUCUAAUACUUGAGAGUGAGGUAGUAGAUGAUAAGGUGCGUCUGCUGCUAGAUCUGUGGAUCGACUUCCUAGCCUACGCAGCCAACCGGUGCAUUAGGGAGUCACAUGCCAAGAAGCUUAGCACUGGUGGUGAGCUCAUGACCAUCGUGUGGCUUAUUUUGGAACACCUCCGCUAUUUAAAAGAAGACCCAAACAAGGAGGGAAGCCAUGUAUAA